GUAUGUGUUAGUGUCCAGUGAGUGUACAUCGAGACUGUGCAAUGAUAAUGAUAAAAAUGAUAAUACUUGCCAUUAAGUAAUUCUUGUCAUUAACUAAGUCCACAACUGAUAUUAGCCUUUUGCCACUGACUUUGUCAUGGAACAAAGUUAUCUGGCCCAAAUAUGGACCACAUAAUGGACUUGAAAUUCCCAAAAUAAGACAACAACAUUUCCAUAUGUCAGCAGUAUCUAUGUGCACUACUUUUCAUGCUGUGUGGUUACUUAGUGCUUACUAAGCACAGGAUGAAAGUCAAUCGCAGCGUCACAGGAAGUGAACCAAGUGACGAAGACACAUGGUCACUAGGCAACUACAGUAUAAAACUAACAGCAUCACCUCAGACAACCAGACCAGGACCACAACACAGCAACAGAACAACCAGACCACAGUACAACACAGCAGCAUCAUGGUAUCUACUUUAAGCUUCCAGUCUUUGACGGUGCUGUGUAUGAAGGGGAUGUUGGUGAUGAUGAUGGGGGCAGAGGUGGCCCCCCGUGCCCAUUCAGAGAAGACAGAGAGCCACACACGGACCACACUCCAGACACACAAGAAGCCUACAGAGUCUACAGGUCCCGACACAGUAAUUCUCUCCCUGCACCUAGACCCAAAUUACUUGGUUCCUUUCCAUUCCAUCAGACCCAUUUGGAACCAUUCAAUCUCCCCGUGGACUUACAACACUACCUAUGACGAUCGACGCUUUCCCCCCAUCAUCUCGGAGGUCAGGUGCUCUCUGAAGGGAUGUCUGAACAUCAAGGGUAAGGAGGACAGGAACCUGAAGUCCAAACCCAUCUUCUACCAGAUCCUAGUCCUGAGGAUGGUGAUGGGAAGUGGGAAGAAAUGCCACUACCGGCUGGAGUCAAAGGUCAUCUCAGUGGGCUGCACCUGUGUCAGGCCUACCAUCGAACAGUAAUGAUAUUAGAGUGACGAGGUCCAGCCUGGUGGCACAGCUGGUUGGGCCAUGGUGCUGGCAAUAUCAAGGUUGAAGGCUCAAUCCCUACAUGCGUAGAAUGUAUUGAAAGUAUUUGUGUAGCUUUGGCUGUGUCAUUAAAAGAUUGAUUUGAAUAAUCAAACAUGGAUAUAUUUUCUAUUGAGCUUUAAAAUGCAUUGUUUAUUUAGGAUUAUUUAAUGUAUUGGAUAAUAUUUUCGGAUUUAUUUCAAUAAAGAAAUUCACAUAUUCAAAA